AGACAAUCACGUUUAAGUAAACAUGGAAUGGUAUAUAUAUAUAUAUACAAGAGGUUUAUGCAGUACUUCAUAACAACACCCAAUGGCUUGUUUCCAAAUAACUUUAAUCUGUGGACUGGCAUUAUUACUUGGGAUUGUAUUUUCCACGUCAGCACAAGACCCCCAACAAGAGCGUGUUACUGUAACAAACACUCGCCCCAACACCACAACAACAGGACAAUAUCCUUACUACGGGCCACCGUGUCGUUGGGGAAGAUGCUGGCAUCAUAGAGGAUGGGGUCCUCCGUGGGCGUCGCAUAGGCGAGGAUGGGGACCACCUUGGGCAUGGAAUCGGGGCCAAAACCAAGGAUCCAGUCAGAAUGACGGAUCGCAAACACCAGAGGGAUCACCUCAAGGAAGAAGAUGGGGUCCUCCUUGGGCGUGGCAAGGACGAAGAUGGGGACCACCUUGGGCUUGGAAUCAGGACCGAUGGGGACAGAACGACGGAUCCAGUCAGAAUGAGGGAUCACAAUUACCUCAAGGAUCAGACCUGGGUCCAGAAUGGGGACCACCUCAAAGGUGGGGACCACCCGAAGGAUGGGGUCAGGGCGUGGAAUUGAGCAACCCAGAGGAAUCCAACCAGAGUGCAGGGUGGGGUCCACGUCCCUGGGGCUGGGGUCGUGGAAGAGGAAUUGGCCCCGGCUGGGGUUGGAGACAUCCCGGCUGGAGAUGGGGUCAUGAAUGGAAAUGGGUUCCAGGGCAGGGAUGGAGUCAUGUCGGGGCCCCGACGCCAACUGAUAGUCCAGCAAAUAGUGACCCGACCACACCAAUGUACAACAACCAACUGAAUUCGUUGGAGGGAGGAUUUGAAAGGCAGCAGUGAAAAACAAGACUAAAUUCUGAACAACGUGAGAGAAUAUGGUCUUUUGGAAAUUUGUCAACUGGGUUGCAAUAAUGGACGAGUCGUUUUCCUAAAAAAAAUAAUUACUAAUUUUUGACAUUUUCAUCCAACUUUACAAAAUAAAUAUAUACAAUCUUGAA